AUGUAUCCUUAUGAAUGGUGUAUAGUUUCACGCACCUCCUUGUUGACUUUAUAUUAUGCUGAAGGAGAAGGGAAUGCGCUUCUGGAGAAGGCGUUCAUCGAUUACAGCAAAGGAAAACCGUUCUUCAACGGUGACAACAUCAGUUACCUCGACAUCUUCCUCGGGAGCUUCUUGGCUUGGUUGAGAGUCACCGAGUUAGCAGCUAGCCAUAAACUUCUUGAUGAUGAGGCCAAGACACCUUCUUUAUGCAAAUGGGCUGAGCUAUUCUGUAACGGUCCCGCUGUAAAACCUGUCAUGCCUGAGACUGCAAAGCUCGCUGAAUUCGCAAAGAAGAUCUUUGCCAAGUCGCAGGCCUAA